AUGGCGACCGGAACUGUCCAACACCCUCCCGCCACACACACUACUGAGGUGCCGGGCACCACAGUCACCCCCCGCAUCGACAUGCGGGCAGACGGCCUCCAUGAGCGAGGCAAGCAGCUGGUCGAGUCCAUCCGCUCCUCACCGCGAUCGGCGAAUCCGUUCCUCAUCACCGAGCGCGCCGAAGAGAAGCAGAUCACCCUCUCGUCUCGAGACCUGCAACUCAGCGAUUUUGGCCUCUUGAAGACCCUCGGCACUGGGACUUUUGCGCGCGUGUGGCUCGCGAAACCGAAAGAGCAAAAGGGCUUGAACAAGAAUAAAGUAUACGCUCUGAAGAUACUGCGCAAGGCCGAUGUGAUCAAACUGAAGCAGGUAGAACAUGUGCGCAACGAACGAAAAACCCUCGCCGCAGUGGUCGGACAUCCUUUCAUCACAACCCUGAACGCUUCCUUCUCUGAUGACCAGAGUCUCUACAUGCUGGUAUGUUGCCCGCGCCUCAGUGCUGCCAGGCCAGACGGCAAGCUAACCGUCGGCAAGCUCGAUUACUGCCCUGGAGGCGAGAUCUUCAGCUAUCUCCGACGCGCACGGCGCUUCGACCUAGAGACCUCGAGUUUCUAUGCCGCCGAGAUCACGAUGACGAUCGAAUACCUACACGAAACCCACGGCAUUGCCUAUCGUGAUCUCAAGCCAGAGAAUAUUCUAUUGGAUGCCGACGGCCAUCUCCGACUUGUCGAUUUCGGGUUCGCCAAGCAAGUCGGAAACCGCGAGACAUACACCCUGUGCGGCACACCGGAGUACCUCGCUCCCGAAGUCAUUCACAACAGCGGCCACGGGCUUGCAGUGGAUUGGUGGGCACUGGGUAUUCUGAUCUACGAGUUCCUGGUCGGCCAGCCUCCAUUCUGGGACCAAAACCCCAUGCGCAUCUACGAGCAGAUCGUGGAAGGGCGUCUGCGCUUCCCGCCCAAUAUGCCCCCCUCGGCGCAGAAUAUUGUCUCACUCCUCUGCAAGACUAACCCGUCCGAACGCCUGGGCCAUAUCUCCGGCGGCGCUUCAAGAGUCCGCGCGCAUCCGUUUUUCCAAGACAUUGUUUGGGAUGAUCUGUUUUACCGCCGUGUCAAGGGCCCUAUACUCCCCAGAGUGACGCACCCGGCGGAUACUAGCAACUUCGAGGAAUAUCCCGAUCCUCCAGAUGGUCGGGGUCAGAAUCUCUAUACUGACGAUCUAAGAAAGAAGUAUGAGGCACUGUUCAGUGAUUUCUGA